AUGGUCGCCGUGCCCACCGCCUGGUGCUCCGUCGUUCUAGCCCUGCUCCUGGCCCUGCACGAAGGCAAGGGUCAAACCGCUGCAGCCACUGAGCAACAGGCCCCUUCGGCCCGCGCCUGGGGCGCCCACCUGCGGCCUCGGCGGUGCUCCUGCAGCUCCUGGCUUGACAAGGAGUGUGUCUACUUCUGCCACCUGGACAUCAUUUGGGUGAACACUCCAGGACAGACAGCUCCUUACGGCCUGGGAAAUCCGCCAAGACGCCGGCGCCGCUCCCUGCCAAGGCGCUGUGAGUGCACCAGUGCCAGCGACCCCGCCUGUGCCACCUUCUGCCAUCGAAGACCUGAAAGGAAAGAUGCCAGGUGCACCGGGCUGGAAAUGGAUCUGCUCCUGAGGGCAGGGUUGAACCUCCGGCAGUCCCCGGCAGUGGGUCCCAUCCCAGCAAGUGCAGGGCUCACAAGACCUGAGGCCUCCACAAGAGAGCUCCUCCUGCGGCUGAGGGACAUUUCUGUUGCCAAGAUCCGCUUUGCCAAGUGGCAGCAGAAGAGAACGAAAGAGCCCAAACCUACACCCCCGUGGAAGAAGAGAUAG